AUGCCUCAUCCAGUUUUAGUUUUAGUUCUGCUGAGUUGUGCAUCAGUAUGUAUUCAUGGAGUAAGGAGAGAAUACUUUCUCAGGAUAGAUGAAGUUAAUUGGAACUAUGCGCCGAGUGGGAUGAACCUCAUACAGAAUCGCACUAUCCAGGAAGAUGAAGAAGCUGCUGUCUUUCUUAAGAAAGGCCCCCAGCGAAUCGGCUCUACUUACAAGAAGGCUAUUUAUAAGCAGUUUAGUGAUGCAACGUACACAACAGAGGUCAUUAAACCAGCCUGGUUGGGCUACCUGGGACCCCGGCUGAUGGCUGAGGAAGGAGACACUUUGAUUGUCCACCUAAAGAACAUGGCGUCCAGACCCUACAGCAUCCAUCCUCAUGGGCUAAACUACAGCAAAGGUAGCGAGGGAGCAUUGUACCCAGAUGGUACCACAUCUGAGAUGAAGAGAGACGACUCAGUGGCUCCUGGUACAACAGUCACUUACAUGUGGACCCUGCCACAUUCCCACAGCCCAAAACCAACAGAGAGCAACUGCCUGACCAGAUUCUACCACUCUCAUGUUUUAACUCCAAAAGAUAUAAACUCGGGACUAAUAGGACCUCUUGUUAUCUGUAGGAAAGGAACUCUGGAUGUGCAUGGAGUUGGUGCAGCAGAGUACAGGUAUGCUCUGAUAUUUUUGGUGUCGGAUGAAAACUUCAGCUGGUACCUAGAUGAGAACAUCAGGACACAUAUAACAAACCCUGCCAGAGGCCUGAAAGAGGAUGAAGAUUUCAUUGAAAGUAACAAGAUGCAUGGUAUAAAUGGAUUUCUGUAUGGUAACCUACCUGGACUGAGUAUGUGCCAAGGGAGCAAGAUCCAUUGGCAUAUGAUUGGUUUAGGCAAUGAGGUGGACAUGCAUUCAGUUCAUUUCCAUGGACAGAUCCUGACUAGUGAGAAUCACCACACAGACACAAUCAGUCUUUUCCCAGGCUCGAGCGCCACAGCUGACAUGGUAGCAGACAACCCUGGACACUGGCUGCUGACGUGUACUGUUAACGAUCAUCUGAUGGGUGGUAUGCAGGCCAUAUUUGAGAUCAGAAAGUGUUUUCCCAAUGUCCACAAACCCCGUCCACAUGGGCAGCUCAGAGAGUUCUUUAUUGCUGCGGAGGAAGAAAUCUGGGAUUAUGCUCCUAUACUUCCAACAGACAGUGAGGCAGAUAUGUUUGUGACAAGAGGUCGGAAUCGUAUUGGAAGUCGAUACAAGAAGGUUCGCUAUGUGGAAUACACAGAUAGCUCCUUUCUGACCAAGAUGCUACGCAGUCCUGAAGAGCAACACCUUGGGAUUCUGGGUCCCGUACUGCGAGCUGAAGAGAAGGACACUAUAAAGGUGGUCUUUAAGAACAAGGCCAGUCGGCCUUACUCCAUACAGCCGCAUGGCGUAGAGUACAGUAUUGAACAAGAUGGAACGCUUUAUCACAAUGAACUAGAAGAGUCUUACACGGCCAAAAAAUUAAGGGAAUUAAAACAUGAACAAAGGACAGUGACUCCUCCUCCUGCUGCUCUGGUCACACCUGGGAAGAUGCACACAUAUGAGUGGGUUGUGCCUGUGGGUGCUGGACCGGUGCAGGGGGAAGCUGACUGUCUGACGUACCUGUACUACUCAGCAGUAGACCCUGUAAAAGACACAAACUCUGGACUGGUUGGACCAAUGCUUGUCUGUCGACCAAAUUCUUUAAAGAAAGGAAUCCAGAAGAACUAUAAUAAAGAGUUCCACCUGCUGGCCACAGUUUUUGAUGAAAAUCUGAGCUGGUAUCUUGAUGACUCCAUUCGCGCCUUCGCCACAGCUGCUGCCACUGUUAAAGAGGACGAGGGAUUUAUUGAGAGCAACAAGAUGCAUUCCAUCAAUGGAUUUGUGUAUGGGAACCUCCAAGGCUUGACGAUGUGUAAGGGGGACAAAGUCACAUGGCACCUGUCAGGACUGGGUUCAGAGACUGAUAUCAACAGUCUCUACUUCAAUGGCAACCGCUUCAUCUUUCGCCAGAACAGACUGGAUGCCAUUUCAGUUUUUCCACAUAUCUCACACACUGUUACGAUGGAGCCAGAUAGCAUGGGUCAAUUUGAAGUAGCGUCACCUAUGGUCAACAAUUAUCGUGGAGGAAUGCGAGCCAAUUACACAGUGCAGAAAUGCAGCUUUAUGCAGCGUCAGGGUGAGACGAUGUUGCACUUUAAAACUUACUACAUAGCUGCCAUGGAGAUGGACUGGGACUACUCUCCAAAUCGUACUUGGGAAGCUGAAAUGUUUCGCGGUCAGCAAAGUCCUGCAUCAGUCUUCCUUGACCAGUCGGGCGGCUUUAUCGGCUCACGUUAUAAGAAGGUUGUUUACCGUCAGUUUACCAAUGAAAAGUUCAACAACCAGAUGGAAAGAGGUUCUGACAUGGAACACCUCGGCAUUAUGGGUCCUAUGAUCCAUGCUAACGUUGGUGACAAGGUAAAGGUAGUUUUCAAGAAUAUGGCAUCAAGAUCGUAUUCAAUUCACGCCCAUGGAGUCAAGACAGAAAACUCAAAUGUUUACCACACCAAACCAGGGGAGACUCACACCUAUGAGUGGUAUGUUACAAAGAAUACAGGACCAACAGCUGAGCAAGAAGAGUGCUCUGUGUCAGCAUACUACUCCACAGUGGACGUUGUGAAGGACCUAUACAGUGGUCUGAUUGGCCCCUUAGUCAUCUGUCGACGUAGUUUGGCUAGGAGUUUGGGCCUGAAGAAAGAAAUAGAGGAAUUUGCUUUGCUGAUGAUGGUAUUUGAUGAAAAUGAGAGCUGGUAUUUAGAUGAAAACAUCAGGACCCACAUUAGGAACCCACGACCAAACUUGAAGGAUGAUGAGGACUUUAUAGAGAGCAACAAAAUGCAUGCCAUUAAUGGUUUUGUCUACGCCAACCUGAACGGCUUGAACAUGGAGGUGGGGGACAAGGUUUACUGGUACCUGAUGGGUAUGGGUAAUGAGGUGGACAUACAUGGUGUACACUGGCAUGGGCAUAGUGUGGAAUAUAAGCUGAGUGGAGGCCCUCACACGACAGAUGUGUUUCAACUUUUUCCAGCCACCUUCCAGACAGUAAAAAUGCGUCCUCAGUAUCCUGGAACGUGGAUGGUUCACUGUCAUGUUACCGACCAUAUUAAGGCAGGCACAAUAGCUAUGUAUACUGUAAGAGAAAAAGUGAAGAAGAGGGGGUUCACUGGUUAA